GGGCCAUGGCGCGGCGGGACGGCAGCGGCGGGACGGCGCCCCGGGGCCUGCUGCUCUGGCUGGCGCUGUGGGGCCUGUGGCGCGGCGGCGAGGCCGGCGCCCAGCCCGCCCGUGGGGCUGCCCUGCCGCUCGGCGCGGACCCGCCGGCCGCCUGCAGCCCGCGCUGCCAGCACGGCGGACUCUGCCUCGGCAACGGCACCUGCCUCUGCUCCAAGGGCUACGAGGGGGUGCUCUGCCAGCACGCAACAUGUUAUCCAAAAUGCAAAAAUGGUGGGGAGUGCCUUAGACCUGGAAAAUGCAGAUGUCCACCUGGCUAUGGGGGUAGAUACUGUCAUAAAGUAAGCUGUGAAGGAGGCUGUCAAAAUGGUGGGGAAUGCAUCUCUGUCAAUGGAGUUGUGAAGUGCCUUUGUGCUUCUGGCUGGACAGGAUCAAGAUGCCAAGAAGCAAUUUGUCCUCAAGGUUGUCGGAAUAAUGGAGCUUGUGUGGCUCCUGGGAUUUGUAGCUGUCCAGCUGGAUGGGUUGGUCGAGCAUGUCACUUAGCUGUAUGUAAACUACCUUGUCAACAUGGAGGAAAAUGCAUCGCUCCAAACGUGUGCAGAUGUCAACUGCCAUACUCUGGUCUACAGUGUACAAAGAAAAGGAAGGAAUGAAGGAACUUCAGCAAAGAUAAGCUGCAUUUUCUUCGUAUAACUCUUCAUACAGAGAUGAAAUCUGCAGCAGUGGGGGACCUUAAACCAUAAAUAGUAACUGAUUUCAGAUGUCUUUUUGUCUUCAUUAUGCUAAGUAAAUGCUUUUCUGUAUGUAAGAAAAGUAUUGCUGAUUGUAAGAAAGCUGUUAAAAAUAUCCAAGUGUGUGUAGUGUAUGGCACACGUUUUCUUCUGUUCUUAUUUUCCUUCAUAAGCAGAAGUAUUAUGUCUUGCUUGAUACAGCUGACAUUGAAAUAAAACUAACUCCUCAAAUAAAGUACUUCAGAAUA